GUUUCUCCCUGAAGUCAUGGCCCCUACCCGUUCGUUUGCAAAGCAUGUGCUUGUGGCCCUCAUGUGCGUUGCCUUCGUGGUGGCCCAGACCGCCAGCACGACGAUCCCUCCUUCCAAAGUGGACCAAGUUUUGAACAAGACUGGUGACCAAAUCAUCGACGAGCUGGCUGGUGGUGACUCGGCCACUGCCCGGUGGUUGAAGAACAUCAUUGCGGCCAUCGCGAUCUUGGCCACGUUGGCCGUGACGUUUGCCGGCUACAAGUUGAUCUACCCUGUCCUCUUCAUCGCGUCGUUCUUCUUGGGCGCCGUGUUCUCGUACGACAUCUUGCUCCAAGUGUUUGCCAACGAAAGCCCUGCCUUGGUCGGGUUCUUUAUUGGUGGGCUCAUCGCGGCCAUUUUGGUCGUGUACUUCUACGACGUUGGAAUCUUCGCCGUCGGCGCCGUCGCCGGUGGGGCCGCGGCCUUCCUCCUCGUCACGUCCGUCUUUGCCAGCGUCGGUGGUGUGAACCACAUCUACUACCACUACGGGUUCUUGAUUGUCGGGUCGCUCUUGGGCGGUUUGGCGGCCAUUUACCUCGAAAAGCCCGCGCUUGUCAUUGCCACUUCUUUCGGGGGUGCUACCAUCUUUGUUGGCGCGUUGGGCCACUUCAUUGGCGGGUACCCCACGGUCCAGCAACUGACGGAUGUCGAGGCCACGGCGUCGUUUAUCGAGGCGGUGCCGACGUCGUGGUGGGGCUACUUGGGCGGCACCGUCGCGUUGUUCCUCCUCGGCGCGUACGUCCAAUUCAACCACACUGCGCGCAACGUGGACCAUAUCCGCGGCGACUCUGUGGAGACCAAGCCCCUCCGCAGCGCGUACCAAACCGUCUAAGGCUGACUGGCUGGGGCGGUGUCCGUGCUGUCAUACAGUGUAUAUAAUAAUGCCUAGCCAAGCAGCUGUUGUGAUCGCUUAUUGUUGUUGCUAUUGUCACACUGGAUUGCAAUAUGCACGUUCAUUCCACACAACACAUCCAAGC